CAAUGGCUUGCUGUACCUCACAGUGGCAGCGGCCACACACGAUGCGAAGAAGCAGUGGCUUGCUGUACCACACAGUGGCAACGGCCACAAGUAGAACAGCACGUCCCGAGGAUAUAAGGUAUCUGUAGGAGAACGUGCUCUGGUAUCCACGGCGCAUCCGUCCUGACCCCUGACGCUCAUCAUCAACUUGCUACAACAGGCGUUAUGUCGCAUUUCGUCGGAACGAAUCAUACCUUCGGCAACACUACGACGCAGGAUUUACUCGAUCGAUACAACCCUGUUGGCUGGAUUUUUACCGUCAUGACGAAUGCAAUCAUGCCCGAAUGGUUGAAGCUCGUUAUUAUGGGUGCUGUGAUCGAGAUAUCUCGUCGUGCCUUCGAUAUGCUAUGGGGCUCAUUGGUGGACUCAAUCUGGGUCACUGUCACCUUUGAUGAUGAAGACUGGGCGUACACGUGGUUCCAUUACUGGCUUGCACGGCAUCCAUCUUGGCGGAAGGCAAGAUCAGUAGAAGCGACCACCAAUUCUUAUGACAUCAAUCCUGAGGAUAUCGCUAUCCCAGGCCAAGAAGACGAUCUCCCGUCAAUGCGCAAAGUCAGUUACAAGCCCAGUCGUUAUACCAGCCACCGCAUGUGGUAUGGAGGAUGUUAUACAGUCGUGACCCGCUCCCAUAUCGCAAGCAACUAUUAUCGUGUGAAGGAGUCUGUCAGUAUCAGUAUGCUCUCCCUGAGUCGCAACAUACUAGAUGAACUUGUUCUUGAGACAAAGAAAGCGUACCUGCAGGCCGAAGGAAAACUGGUGAAUGUAUACGGUUCGAAUCCAACGAACUGCUGGAGGCGUCUCAAUUCAAUGCCAAAGCGCCCUAUCGAGUCCAUUAUCUUGGAUGCAGGCGUCAAGGAGUUGCUCAUAAACGAUACCCGUAAUUUUCUAGCAAGCAAGGAAUGGUACAGGAGAAGAGGGAUACCAUUUCGUCGAGGUUAUCUUCUGCACGGCGCUCCAGGCUCUGGCAAGUCGUCAAUCAUCCACAGUAUCGCCGGGGACCUUGGCCUGGACGUGUAUGUCCUCACUCUGUCACGGACUGGACUCGAUGACACAGGUCUCAACGAGCUGUUGUCCGACCUCCCUGAGCGGUGCAUCACAUUGCUAGAAGACGUUGACGUGGCCUUCAAGGGCGGCAUGGCUCGCAGGUCCCUAUCGAAGGGGAGUCUCGUCAAAGCAGGAGAUGACGUGCUGAUAGGGGAAGACGACAAACCCAACCAGUCCCACAACACAGAUGACAAGACGGAGAGUCGCGUUACACUGAGCGGGUUGCUAAACGCACUCGACGGUAUCGGCGCACAGGAAGGACGUAUCCUCUUCGCAACGACGAAUGACUACGCCGCACUUGACCCUGCGCUUAUCCGCCCGGGUCGCAUGGAUCUCCACAUCAACUUCAAACUUGCGAACAAAGAGCAAGCGAAGGGUCUUUUCGAGGCGUUCUACAGUCCACCGGGUGGACCGGAUGACACGCUCGAUGAGAAGUAUAGCGACGAUGAACCCCCCUUUCCGACUCUCGCGGCACGAGACCUACCCGAACAGCAAAUCAUCCCUACGCGUAUUGCUACUUUGCCUCGCGCUCAGUCGGCGGAUCUGGCAGCGCACUUCGCUGAAGCGAUUCCGGAGCGGGAGUUCUCUAUGGCGAGCCUACAAGGCUAUUUGAUGCUGUACAAGCUACAGCCGCAUGAUGCAGUCGAGAAUGUGGUGGGAUGGGUUGAGAAGGAGAGGGCUGAGAGAGUACAAGCCGGGAAGCAGGUAUCAUCACUGUCACUCAUAUGAGAGAGUACGUACGAGUAACAAUGAUGAACUGCAAGUAGUGACAGUCUCGAUUCGUGUGAAUACUUGUACAAUCAACUUGUCU